AUGGCGUUCCCCUUGGAUCUGCUUACCCAACUCAGAUCCGCCCCUGCUUUUGCAGCAGGAAAUGCCCUAGGUGAAAAGUUGCCCAUGUUCGUUAUCGGAAAAUCGGUUACACCGCGCUGUUUCAAAGGAGUCAGAAGUCUUCCCUGUCAGUACAAAGCUCAAAAGAAGGCCUGGAUGGAUUCUGAAAUCUUUACCGAUUAUGUGAAAAAACUCGAUGUUAAAUUUGAAACUGCGGGUCGAAAGAUUGUCUUGAUAAUUGACAAUUGCCCAGCUCAUCCAGAAGUCACUGGUCUUAAAGCAGUAGAAUUAGUUUUUCUACCACCAAAUACAACGUCUAAGACCAAGCCAAUGGAUCAAGGUGUAAUCCGAGCAUUGAAGGCAUAUUACCGGUCAAAUCUUGUGAAACGUCAAAUAAAGUUCAUUGACGGCGGUAAAGAGGUCCCUAAAAUUAACAUUCUUGAAGGGAUGCAAAUCUUGGUCAAAUCAUGGGACGCUGUUUCAAAAGACACCGUUAAAAACUGCUUUAAGAAGGCAGGCAUCUCAAAAGAAGCACAGGUCACGAGUCUCAAUGAUGCUGAUGACCCAUUUAAAUCUCUUUCUGACAGCAUAAGCGAGUUGAAAAAAAGAGAAGUUGACGGCGACAUCUUUGACGCAGAUGAUUUUGUGGAUAUUGAUUUUGAGGUAUGCACGAGUAAAUCAAUUGAAUUGACUGAUGAGGAAAUCGUACUUAAUGAGGACAAAGAUCAAAACGCGCCGAAUCUCGAAGAUGACGAUGAUGAUGAAAUUGAGGCACAUGACAUCCCCCCGAAGAAGCCAAAGCAGUCAGAGUUGGAAGAGGCCUUAGAAUUAAAUGAAUAG